AUGGCUGCAAUCCAAGACAGUCCCCCGGAAUACGGCGGCGGUGGCGGUGUUCCUUUUUCAGACUACCCCUCCGCUGCUUCGACCCUGAAGAAAAUCGAGGUAUGGACUGGCUACGAAAACCAAGGCCCGUCAUAUGUCAUUAAAGGGAUCAGGCUCACUUGGUUUGAUGGAGAAGGCCCAAGAGAAAUACACGGCAUGGAGGGGAAGGAGCCAGACAAACUCAAAUACACCUUCGCGAAGGACGAGAAAGUGAAGCUGAUGACAAUCCGGGCUGGAUCACGUGUCGAUAGUAUCUACUUUGAAACCGAUAAAGAUGGCACAUUCUCAGCUGGAGCGGAAGGCGGUACAGAAUAUAAAGAUAUUGGGAGGGGCUCCAUCGUCGGGUUCCGAGGAGCCGCCGCAGCGGACCUUGACAGGCUUGGCGUGGCUUUUAGGUAA